ACCCCCCCCGAGAAUCCGGGGCCUCCGGGAGGCUAGGCCUCCCCGCCCGCGCGCGCACCCGGGCCCGGCCGUCCAACUCUGGGCCGCGUUGGCCGGCCGGCGGCGGACGGCCGGCGUACACGCGCCGGUUGCGCCUUCCCACAAUCUGGACCCUUGACGCGUUCCGUUGUGCGUGCCUGAGUCGGGAGCGCGGAGCAGCUGCUCGGCGGGCUGGGGCAGCGGCGCGCCAGCGACGGCGCGGAUGGCGGACUCGCAGCUGUUCUGCGUGGCCGAGGAGCGCAGCGGCCACUGCGCCGUGGUGGACGGGAACUUCCUCUACGUGUGGGGGGGCUACGUGUCUAUUGAAGACAAUGAAGUUUAUUUGCCUAAUGAUGAAAUUUGGACCUAUGAUAUUGAUAGUGGGUUAUGGAGAAUGCACCUAAUGGAAGGAGAACUCCCGACCUCCAUGUCAGGAAGCUGUGGUGCUUGCAUUCAUGGAAAGCUCUACGUUUUUGGAGGCUAUGAUGACAAAGGAUACAGCAAUCGACUUUAUUUUGUUAAUUUACGAACAAGAGAUGGAACCUAUGUUUGGGAAAAAAUCACCAACUUUGAAGGUCAGCCACCCACACCACGUGAUAAGCUUUCCUGCUGGGUAUACAAAGACAGAUUAAUAUAUUUUGGUGGUUAUGGAUGUAGGAGACACAAUGAACUUCAAGACUGUUUUGAUGUUCAUGAUGCAUCUUGGGAAGAACAGAUGUUCUGGGGAUGGCAUAAUGAUGUCCAUGUAUUUGACACAAAGACACAGACAUGGUUUCAGCCAGAAAUUAAAGGUGGAGUUCCACCACAGCCACGAGCAGCGCAUACGUGUGCAGUUCUUGGAAAUAAGGGUUAUAUCUUUGGUGGACGUGUUUUGCAAACGAGGAUGAAUGACUUGCAUUAUCUCAACUUAGAUACCUGGAUUUGGUCUGGAAAGAUUUCUAUUAAUGGAGAAAGCCCAAAACAUCGGUCAUGGCAUACUUUAACACCAAUAGCUGAUGAUAAGCUUUUCCUAUUUGGUGGAUUAAGUGCAGAUAAUAUUCCAUUAAGUGAUGGAUGGAUUUAUAAUGUCUUAACAAAUUGUUGGAAACCACUUAUACAUUUACCUAACACAAGACCUAGGUUAUGGCACACAGCCUGUUUGGGAAAAGAAAAUGAAAUAAUGGUAUUUGGUGGAAGCAAAGAUGAUUUACUUUCUUUGGACACAGGUCACUGUAAUGAUUUAUUGAUCUUUCAAACACAGCCUUAUUCUCUACUCAGGUCAUGCCUUGACUGCAUUGGUAAAAAUGCUGUCAUUUUAAAGAGUCAAAUAUCUUUAUUACCUCCUAAACUUCUGCAACAAGUUCUCAAAAAAAUAACAUUUUGGACUGCAGCUAAUCACAGAGAAGAACAAAGAAUUCAAAAAGAAGAAACAGAAAAUAAGCAUUAGUGGAUCAGUUCCAACUGAAUUGUUAUAUUUGCUAUUUGUCUAAUAUGUUUAAACAUUUUAGUCAGACUGUACAUUUACCACCCUCCCCUAAUUGCAGGAUUUACUUAAAGGAUAAACUUUGAAACAAAAAUAUUCUGUUAAAUUGAUUAUAUGGCAUGGAAUAUAUGGAAAUAAGACCUGAGUACGAAUUUAUAUUUACAUUUGUAAGCUGACUUUCUUACCAACUAUCAAACAAAUAACCUUUCUCAAAGUAAGUACAAUUUUAACAACUCAAUGUGUACUCUUUACUGAAAAGUUUUUGAGAAAUUAAGGUCUUCAGACAUCUCCUAACAUAAUUGCAGAUGUAAGUAUAAAAACACUACAUACCAACUUUCAAAGAGAAUAAACUUUCUUAUCACACUAAAAUUAUACCUAAAUGUUGUCUGAAAUGACUGAUAUUAAGUAACAAUUAAAAAAAUAAAACUAAUAAAGCUAGCCCAAAAUUAUACAACAGGCCAGUACCAAUAUAGUGUUAAAUAUUGAAUUUUGUCCUUUGUAGCAUUUACCAAGUAAAAGGCACCAUCCUCACGUUUCCUCAUCUUUUAUUUCAGCAGAGGAAACAUGUCAAUUUUGUCUCCAUUACCCCUAAGAUUAGUUUAUCCAGGUAUAGCUGUAUAUGUAAAGACCAUGUUUUUAAGUAUAUAAAAUGGAGGUUUAUUUAUCACACAGGCCUGGAAUAUUAAGAUUUGGUAUAUAUAUAUAUAUAAACUUCAGAGACAUAUUAAAAUACAUUUGUCUUGGAAGAGUGCUUCUAAAGUCAUUGUGUAAACAUUUCAGUGGGUGAUGCUCUAUAGACUUGAUGUUCCAGAUACUAACAUGUUCAAACUCAAAUAUCUCUUCAGUAUUGUCACUCAUACAAAAAUGAAAACUAUAUAUUUUUCAAGAUGAAACUUUUGUUAUAACAACAUAUGUGAUGUUUUUCAUCAUAUUAUCACAGUCAUGCUUUCAUUGGCUUAUUAAUAAUGAUUGAUUACUAAAUACCUGGUAUAUAAAAUUAUUCUCCAUUUUAUCACCAUGUAAAUUAUCUCUAAAAUUUUAAAUGCUAUAAAAUGAAUUUCUAUACAUAUAUAUAAUUUAUAGUGACAACUGUAGUUUGUAGUACUUCAUCAAAUUUCAGAGAUAUCUUUUAUAUAUGUAUUGUAUUUUGGAUGUGUAAAGCUUCUAUUUAUGUAUUUGAAUAUUUUGUGUUUAUAUUUUAUUUAUUGUACAAAGUAUACACAAUUACUGUUUCAUAGUUUUGUCACUGUGAACCAAUCAUUAGAGUUGAUUGCAAAAAAAGUUAAAUGUGAAUUUUGAUUUUUUUCUAUUAUUAGUCUUUGUAACAGGGUGGAGAGUGUAUUUUACAACUAAUGUAAUCUUAGAAGAAAUUAUCUUACUAUGAAUUUCAAAAGCAACUUUUAUAUUUAAAGCAAAAAUGUAUCAAACCUGAUUGGAGCCUGUCAUGGUGAAUCCCUGUAAUCCUAGCAACGGGGAGGCUAAGGAAGGAGGAAGUCAAGUUUGAGGCUGGUGGGUUACCCAGUCAAGUUUCAGGACAGCCUGGGAUAUAUAGCUAGACCAU